AUGAAGUUGUCGUCCACUGUAUCGACCACGCUUUUCGUGUUCGCAGCCGUUGGGUCCCACCUAGUGUCCGGCCAUGGGUACCUGGUGCAGCCGCUGGCCAAGUUUAUCAGCGUCAACAUCGACAAGACGCAGUAUUCUUCCACCAUCGACAGUAACAAACUGUUCCCUGGCGGAUCAUUCAACACACACCCGACUAUCAACAUCAAGUCUUUUCUAGAACACUACAAGAAGUCGAAAUACAAGAGCUUGAAGGCAAUGAUCAAUGAUAACCAGGUGCUCGUGUCGGACGAUGCUACGGCUACCUGUGGCUUCUCGUCCCCAGAAAAGACCAGCCAUGGUGCGCUCAACGACACUAUCUACUGGGGCAGGAACGAUGAUAUUACGAUGGACGAGGGCUUCGUGCACCCGGGCCCGUGCGAAACCUGGUGCGAUAAUACGCGCAUCCAGCAAGACAUGACGUGUAUGGAGACGUAUAAUACGCCGUCUGGCAAGGGUGCAGCACCGAUCCCGAUCGACAACGCGAAGUGUACGGACGCCAAGCGUCUCACCUUUUACUGGAUCGGCAUGCACGGCUCGACGUGGCAGGUUUACAGUAAGUUGUACCGCGAUCGAGUGUUUUUUACGGAGCUUGAUGAAACUAACUGGCGUUUAUCCUAG